AUGGCAAGCAGAGCCAAUCUGCGUGCUGCUUUUCAUCGUCUCAAGCUUCAGCUUGUUCAAUUGAACCUAUUUGAUACUGGUAGUCAAGAUGAAACGAUUAUACGAAAUGAACGUCGAUCAACUCGUGUUUACUUAAUUCUUUUCAUUAUAUCAAUCAUGAUUCUUACUCUUACCUACAGUAUUAUAUCUUAUACAACAACAAUUGUUGUUCCAUCUCCUACUUUAGCAGAGUACUCUAAUCUGAUAGAAAAACCAAUAUUGCAAUGCUUUUGUUCGAAUACGACAGUAAAAUAUAAAAAGUUCGCUCAGAUUCAACCUCAUUAUCAUGAAUUGUGUCAAAGUGAUUUUGUAUCUAAUGACUGGAUCAAACACUUACAUCUCCUAUACGAACAAAGCAGGAAUAAAACAGUUGUAUCCGAUUUUCGUCGGAUAGGUGUAUUUCAAUUCCAAACACUUCGUUCACUCUGUCAGUUAGCAAAAGACACAAUCAAUCAUAGUCUUCAAUCAUUCCAGUACACAGAAUUUGUUGGAUCUGAACUGGUUCCACAAAAUGUGUUUGAAGUUCAGAUUAAUUCUUCUAUUCGUGAUUUCAUUGAUAAAAUACCAAAGACAUUUAUGCGAACUUUACAAUUUAUACAAAACACAACAGCACAGAGUUUGUUUAUGACUGGCGCCCCAGUUACUAGUGUUCAACCAGUCAUUCUACCUGAAAAAGGGUCCGCUAUUGGUAUUUUACCAUAUCCUGGCCGCAACUACACAUUUACAGAUGGCUCCAGCUGCGUCUGUUCCAGUUCAACUGCCACGAAUUGCAUGGGUCUAGCAGUAUUUGAGAAUACGACUGUUUCUGGUUUUCAAACAGGUUGUUACAUGUUAAGUGCAUUGAUGAACUCGACUCUUGAAGCAUUCUACAAUCAAACAUUGAUCGACAAGCUGCGUAAUUCAUCGAAAACUUUCAGAAAACUGAAUUCAUCCAAUUCAAACGAGACAAUCGAUGUAUUACUUAGUAAAAUGUUCGUCGAAGUUUGGUUCAAUACAACAUCGUUUGCAGAGUAUUUUGAAAAUUGUGCACCGGAUUCAUGUUAUUAUACAGUAUCGCAAGGUUAUAAUUUCUGGAAUAUUUUAAUCAUAUUAUUCAGUUUAUUUGGUGCAUUAACAUCGGUAUUAACAUUUUUAUCGCCCAUUCUCGUUUUACAUAUAUGGCCAUUUACUGCCAAGUUUAUUUUCCGACGACGAGCACCUGUUACAGCUGAAACUCGAUCUGUAUCGUCGAUAUGUACGAAAAUGAGAAAAUUAUUUCAAUUCAUCAAAAAAACACUCAUUAAUCUGAAUUUGUUCAAAAGUGUUCCGCUCUCACAAGAUGAAACUAUUCUUCGACAACAACGUUAUCAAACUCGAUUAUAUCUAAUUGUAUCAUUGGCAAGUUUAAUCACUCUUAUAUUUUUUAUAUCCCUGAAUUCUCAUCAAGUAAAUGUAACUAUUCAAAGUCCAUCAUUAUCAACUUUUAUUGAACUUGAUAAUCAAUAUUCGUUGACACUCAAUUGUCCAUGCAAUCAAACAAUAUCAGAAUAUCAUCACUUUAUUUUUAAUUUCAAACCUCAAUAUCAUGAAAUAUGUUCGUCUGACUUCAUUUCUCGUCGUUGGAUUGAUCUACAUCUGAUUAAACCACCAGCUGCACACUUGUAUACCAAUGAUAUUCGCUAUCAAUCUCCAAUCCAUUUUCAACUUUUAUCAACACUUUGUCAUGCUGCUCAACAAACAGUAGAUGAUCAUCUUCAAUCAUUCAAUCAAACAAAGUUCAUUACCAACCAAGUUCUUAGAAAUUCAUCAUUCCAAAUACGAGUUAAUUCAAUUAUCGACCAGUUCAAAAGGAUAUUACCGGAAUCAUAUCAACGUACCAUACAAUUGAUCACAGCAAACUCCAAAAUCAAUCAAUUCAUUGUCCCGCUCAAUUCUCUUUUUAAAGACUCAGAUUCAGGUGUCUCAUUAGAACCUGCGACAAAUGUUUUCCGGUAUAAAGUUGAGAAUGGAUCAUCGGUUAUUUACCAUACAUGUGUGUGGUUGCUUUCGAAUGAAUGUGUGCUAAAAACGAUUAUAAACAAUCACGAUUUCAUUGAUAUUAUUCCAGGAAUGAUUCAAACUGUAUUCCCUCUUCAAUCUGUUCUAAUGUCAACGUUAGAAUGUUUCUAUAAUGAAACAUGUCUUUCGAAAAUUACGAAAUUAAUUGAUUUGACGGUAUCAUCAUCGAGAAACUUUUCGACACUUCGUUUAUCAUUAUUAACCGACAACGAAAGUCAAUAUGAUCAAAUCGAGAUAUUAGCAAAUAAACUUUUUAUUCAAUCAUGGUCAUGGACUAAUAAUAUUUCAUAUGAAUCUUACUUUAAUCAGUGUCAUCCGUUAACUUGUCAAUAUAGUUAUGAAAGUCGAUUUAGUCCUACUUACGUUAUCACGACCAUAGUUGGAUUUUCUACAAUUCUAAAAUUUCAUGCUGUAAUGAAUUAUAUAAGAAAGACGAUAAGUGAAUUCAAUCUUUUUCACGCGAUUCCACCAUCACAAGAUCCAAAAAUUCUUCGUCGAAAUCGUCGUUUAACACGAAUCUAUGUGGUUUUACUGAUUAUGUUCUUCUAUAUUCUCGCUGUUUAUACCGUGUUAGCACGAGAAACCACUUCUGUUAUUAUCGAAAAUCCAUCUGUGUCUAAAUAUUCAGAAUUAUCUAAUCAAUAUCAUCGGACACUGAAAUGUCCGUGCAGUAAUAUUGCAAUAAAAUAUGAGAAAUUCAUUACUAAACUAGAGCCUCAGUAUCAUCCAGUUUGCUCAAGCGCUUUGAUUACAACGGAGACAUAUAAUAUUACUUUGCCAGAAGGUGAUCGUCCUGGGCGAGAUUUUAACGAUGAUGUUGAACUUGGUUUUGACGAGAAUGAUUUUCGUCGUUGGAUUUUCGAACAAUUGAAGACAGUUCAAACAGAAGCAUUAAUUAGUGAAUUCAAAAGAGCAACAGCAAAUGAAUUCAAGCAAACAUUUGACUUAAUCCAAGUAACAAACUAUGCAAAUCAAUUAGCAACAGCACAAUCAUCUAAUUGGCAGUUUGUUUUCGAUACACACCCUGAUUCUUCUUCAUUAAGUCACUUAACCGUACCGAAAACGUAUAACGAUAAUAGUUGCUCAUGUGCAUUACAGUCGAAUUGCUCGACACUCAAUAGUUUUCCUUAUCGCAUAGCGAAUCAAUCGUUGAGACAAACUCUUCCAGGAUUUAGUUCUGGUUGUUUGUCUCUCAAUGCUCUCUUGCAGUCAAAUUUCGCUUGUUUCUACAAUAAAACAUGUUUAUAUCUUAUGCAAACAGCUUCGUAUCACUUGAAAUCUGUUCCUUUUCAAAUAUUCAAUGUCUCGUCAUUAUCAUCUCCAAAUCAGACGAUUGAAAACAUUCUUGGUCAACUUUUUGUUGAAGAAUGGAAAGAACAAGUAUCGUUUGGGCGAUAUUAUAACGCAUGUGCUCCUCAAUUUUGUCAAUAUUCUUAUUCAUCUAAAUUUAAUCAAGUUUAUUUUAUGACUACAAUACUAGCAGUAUUUGGUGGUUUGACAAAAGCAUUACAUUCCGCGGAAAAUCGUGUAAUACCACAAUCAGAUACGAACGUGAUUGAUGUAGAUGAUCAUGAUACUCCUGAAAUAGCUAUUUCAAAUCUACCAGUGACAACAGUAGAAAUCAAUACAAAUCUAAUACAAGAACAAAUCGAACCAUCAAAACAGGGAAUAAAACGAGCAAUUAUGAUAUGUGGAUGUUUGUUAGUUAUUGUUGGAAUAAUGAUCGUUUCAGUCAAGUGGUUUAAAAGUGCAAGCACCCAACAUAUUUUAACAACUGAAUCAACAACUUUGAUGGUGAACAUGGUGACAAAAGAAUCAACAACAAUAUCUACAGAAAGUUGUUACCUAACUUUGACAACUCAAUCUGAAACUUAUUCAAUUGGUCACGAUGCACAAUCACUUAUUCUUCGUGAUUUCAAUAAAGAUUCAUUCUUAGAUUUAGCUGUAGCAAAUUAUAAGAAUCAUACAAUUAGUAUUUUAUUGGGCAAUGGAAACGGAAAGUUUCGAGUACAAAAAGUCUAUUCAACAGAAGAUGAAUCUUAUCCAAUGGGAAUAACCAGUGGUGAUUUCAACAAUGAUACAUUUCUAGAUAUAGCGGUAGCAUUAUUGAAGCAAAACGAGAUCGCUAUUUUCUUUGGUGAUGGAUCAAACGGUUUAUUUGACACUAAGCCACACAUAGUCGCUGACAUGAGUCCCUAUACACUCAAUGCAAUCGAAGCUAGUGAUAUGAAUAGUGAUGGAUUGACUGAUUUAGUGAUUACCAAUCAUCGUGAUAAAUUACUCAAUCUCGAUCCUUUGGCUGUUUUAGGAAAUGAUGGUGAUGGACAUUCGUACUCAUAUUAUCCAAUCUCUCAGAACGCUAUUUCUAACUUCGAGUCUAUUGUUAUCGGUGACUUCAACAAUGAUGGAAAAGCAAAUGACAUUAUCGCAUACAGUUCCAAGAGUAUCUUAUCGAUUUUUUCUGACAUACAGUAUGAUAAUUAUCCGUUUGCAAGAUAUAAACAAGUCGAAAACAGAAUUUUUGGAAAACCACAACCAAUGAUUCGAGGUCGAUUUAAUGACGAUGAUUUCGAUGAUUUGGCGCUUGUUUCGCCUCAAUCUGAUACAUUAUAUGUUCUACUAGCGUAUGUAAAUGGAAAUUUUACUCAACAGAUUUAUCAUAGCCCGCAUAAUCCAGUAUCUGUUGCUACAAUUAAUUUCAAUAAUGAUUCAAUCGAUGAUUUAGCUGUAUUAAGUUGUAAUCAAACAAUAACAAUAUAUUUGGGAACAAAACUUGGCAUAUUUUAUGAAAACGAUAUCUCGUUUUAUGUUGGCAAAAACAGUACCGAUCAAUGUUUUCGAUCACUUCGAACAGCUGAUAUAAAUCAAGAUGGCAGAGAUGAUCUCGUUUUUAUUGAUGUCGGUUCACAAGCUAUCCGAGUUCUCUUAGGAACAAGCUGUAAGGAACAUAUUUAA